AUGACCCUCAACAGCACGACCACACCCUCCUCCUUCUCUUCUCACAAGUUCUCCGCUUCGUCCCUCCAGCCCACCGCCAGGUACUGCACCGACACCGAAAGUGCUCGCCUACCUUAUUCUCCGGCCUCACCACCGCAGCAGUCACGACCAGACCCCGCUGCCCUUCGACCCAACCCGGGCCUUGGUCCUGGCACCCCUGUCACCCGUCUGCGAUCCGGUUCAAACCCGUUUUUGAACCGAGACUCGCUCCUUGGCCCGAGCUCAGCGUCCUCGGUUUUCAAUACUGGUGUCUCAGCCCCCCCCGAUAGCCUUCUCGAGGCCCAACGGCGUGCCUACAGGGAGAGCAGAGAGAACAGCAGCAGAAGUGGUAUCCCGGCCCUUGCUUCGACAGACGCUGGCUCCAGAUCUUAUUUGAACGAACCUAGCAGCACUAGCAACAGAACUCGAGCAACACCACCGCCUAACCCAGGCGCUUUCAGGAGCAGUGGAGGUACUGAAGGAACAUCAUAUAACUCAUCAGGCGGGACCAGGACAAGAGCAUUGACAAGCGUCGAUACAAGUCUGCCCGAAAGACCAUCUUAUGGCACGCCAAUGGCUCGGGAUAGGUCAUCAACGGGAAGCUCCAACAGUUUCAACACCUUGGCAAAUCUCGUCUCCCCCUCCACCACCUUUACCUCGAUACUCGACCAAACCUACUACUACAUCCGCCAAUUCGUCACUGUCAACAUCCAACUCAAGUGUAGCAUCCACUACGGCUUCGACAGCAACAUCCAGUACGUGGUGGGAAGACGACUUCGAGAGCAACAACUGCAGGAUCGUUUCAAGGCCGCACAGGACUUUAUCGAACGGACGGUUGACUGGCGAAUCGGUUGCGCCCAGAUGGAGAACAUUAGCAACUUUCUUAACGCGGCCAGACAGCUUGGCGUCCAGAGCUCGGAUCUCUUCCAGACGGUGGAUCUCUACGAGGGCAAGGACAUGACCCAAGUGGUUUCGACGAUAUUGACUCUGGAGCGAGUUGUAGGAGGCGUCGCCAGGAUGAUUGUCAAGGAUAAACGGCCAGGGCCAAGCCCAACCGUCUCUGCAGGAUCAACACCGGUAGAUAUGCUCAAAGUCGGUGGCAAGACAGGAGCACCAGCUCUCUCACGGGCGCGGUCAAAAACUGCUCAUACUCCCAGCACAGCAAGCACCACCGCUUCGAUUCGUCCCUCCUCAUCUUCUUAUUACGCUGCUCAGGUGCGGAAACUGGAAGAGGAGAGCAUCCGCUUCGCCAACGGAUACGACAUUCUAGAGUCAAAUUCUCUCAAGACCAGGGAUCGCCACCAAAGUACCCCUACUCCUCGUCGCGGUACACCACCUUCCAUUCGCGAGAAGGUAUCACGACAUCCCAGCCUGAACGACAUUGUAGCGGGCGUCGAGGACAUGAGCUUUGGAAGCGAUGACCUGAACCAGAGUGAGUUGGAUGCAGAGACAAGGCGGGAGCAACGUGACCUUGUCUUUGGCCGGACCACUCCGUCACCCUUCGAUCCACCAGCCUCCUUACCCAAGUCUGCAUCAGGACCUCUUUUGACUGCCGAGGGUCGGUCAUCUGCACUAGAUAUGACAAGGAGGAAGAAAAAGAGUAUAUCGCUGGAUCCUCAGGCCGCCAAUGCUGUAAUGGGCGGUACUGGAUUCCGUGAAGGGUACAGUCCUGGAAGUCCCGGUAUCAUGACUCAUUCAGCCUCCUACAGCGCUAUCUCUACGUUGACCGGCCCCGGACAAGUCAUUUCGCUUUCUUUCGCCAAGCACCAUGGCAGGACUUCGUCGGAGAAGACUAUGGACGGGAUUCAUUUGUCGACAGUGGGUACUCCUGCUGCGUCCAGAUCAACAACUCCAGUCCAAGGACUCCGCAAGAGCGCCAAUAGUGUGGAGCCACUCCGAGAAAAGCUGGAACUUUGGGAGAGCAACCUUUUGGUGGCUACCUUCCAACUCGGAAACUGUAUUGGACGCGGCCAGUUCGGAUCCGUUUACAAAGCGCUGAAUUUGGUUACAGGACAAAUGGUGGCAGUCAAGCGGAUCAAAAUCGACGGCUUGAAGGACACCGAGAUGGACAUUUUAAUGCAAGAAGUGGAUUUGCUAAAGUCAUUGACACAUCCGUCGAUUGUCAAGUAUGAGGGCUUUAUCAGGAGUUCUGGAUACCUCAACAUCAUUCUGGAGUUUGUUGAAAACGGAUCGCUCCUGACGACACUCAAGUCGUUUGGAACAUUUCCGGAGAAGCUCGUCGUGGCGUAUGUGGUCAAGAUUCUGGAAGGUCUUGUCUACCUUCAUGGCAAAGAAGUUGUUCAUUGUGACUUGAAGGCUGCCAACAUCCUGACCACCAAGAACGGAAAUGUCAAGCUGUCCGACUUUGGUGUCUCCUUGAACCUGAAGGUUAAAGAGUCAGAUUUUGGAGCCGUCGCAGGAACACCAAACUGGAUGGCGCCUGAGGUCAUUGAGCUAAAGGGAGCAUCACCGGCGAGUGAUAUCUGGUCGUUGGGAUGCACCGUUGUUGAGAUGCUCACAGGACAACCCCCGUACGCUGAACUGCUCCCUUUGACGACUCUCUUCAGAAUCGUAGAGGAUGAGCGACCGCCACUACCAAGCAACCUGUCUAUGGAUCUUUUGGACUUUUUGUGUCAAUGUUUCCAAAAGGAUCCUAGUCUAAGACCAAGCGCCGGUGCUCUGGGUCGUCACAUUUGGAUCAAGCGCAAUUUUACUUCACGAGAGCUCAAGCCAAUGGAUAGUUUGCCGUACAUGAAGAGAAAGUCUAUGGAGCCCAAGGAAAGGCUCCUCACCGCUGCAGCACUAGAGGUAGAAGGGGGAGGAAUAGCUGCAAAGAGGGCGUCGACUCCGCUCGGACUUUCAUCUGGCGCUCCACCACCAGCAGCAUCGGCCACAGCUAUGAAUGUCAGCGGGAGGAGCUUUCGUCGUGGCAGUGUCGAUAGCGCGAGUGGAUAUUACUCUUCAUCGACCGUUCCAGCUCCCACUACCCCCGCCGAUCGUCAUCCAGAAUUCCAAAAGGGCAGCAAAGCCCCGAGCCAACACACCUUUGUCAAGAGUUCCUUCGCCAAACCGGUCGAAUGCAGGCUCUGCCAUGACUAUGUCAAGAAACAAGCAGUUAUCUGUCAAGACUGCAGCAUGGUUUUUCAUAGAAAGUGCCAGUUUUAUGUCGGUGAUACUUGCUUCCCUGGACCUCACCUUUCGAUCUUUCAGUCACCUACACCAGCUCAAUCGGUUCCCAACAUGAAGCUACUCUCAAAUGGAAAACCCCCAGGAAGUAGCCGGCCUAGUUCAAGAGCAUCCCAGAUCACAUUGGAGGAUCGCUCUCGGUCAGUGACGCCAUCCCAGGCAGCGCCGACGCCUCCACCCGGUUUUUUCUCCAAGCGAGACUCCACAGCAGAUAGGACAGAGCAGCACAGAAUGAUGUCUUCGCCACCACCCCCACCUCCAUCCUCUGGCACAGCUUACAGGGCCAUGUCUCCUGAUGGAUACCCUCACUCAAUGGACACUGGCGUUCAAGGUCAAGGUCAAGGCUCGGCGCAGGCUCCUCGCCCCUCCAGCCGCCAGUCAGACAACAGCCCCACUUCGCCUACUUUGUCCGGUUUGCGUAACUUGAUCUCGAGACCCAGGCGAUUCUCCUUUAGCAAGAAGAGCUCAGUUGCACCUACGGCAGUUCCUGGCGCGCAGUCUUCGUCUACUGAGCAUCCUUUGCCAACCCCCCCAACCUCAUACACAUCGAGCCCGUCAAACAUGGCACUGAACGGUAGCUCCCAUUCUCAGGCAGGAACCCCCGACUCUAACAAGUCAUCGCUCUUUGCUGGUUUCUCCAACAUCUCUCAGCAGCGCCAACGAGCCCAGCCUCCAGUGACCCCUCCCAAGACGCUCCCUGUUCCCAUCGCCAUGGCAGGCGGAAAGUCUGGAUCGGCCGGUCGCGCGUAUCGUGGACGAGAGUAUCUUCCUGGUGGACCUUUUGACCCGAUGGACGAAGAAGUGCACAGCAGCAUCAACAACUUUGGACGUGGACAUCAACGACCGAGCUCUAUCACUCUUUUUUCGACGAGUGCGCCUCCUGUCCGAUCGGAAUACCAGGUUAGCAACGGCAACAGUAGCGGCCGAAGCAGUGCUGCGUCGUCCAAGUACUCUCGAGAGAGCCGUGAUACCGAUGAUGGCGAGGAUGAUGAAGCAGAUCAGGAUGACCACGGAGAGAUUGGAGAGAUGAAUGAGGAGGAUCUGGAGGCACUGCUGAUUCCUUCGGUUGUCAGGAGUCCUCGCUCUAGCAUCGAUGCUGGAAAACCUGUUGCAGGCGCUGGAUACGGCCUCGUCAGGAGCCCGUCUAUCAGCCAGACCUUGAGUCAGCAGCAACAGGAUGGAUCGAGACCCCCAUCGGCGAUCAGUUUCAGUCCUUCUUCCUUCACCGGCCGAGUCAUCGCUCCCCAGCAACAACUGCAGCAGCAGCAGCCACUUCACUAUCACCCUGGGCGGUCUCAGCUCAAUAACGGAUACCACUCAUCGGGAUCUUCCUCUGCAGCCAUGACUUCAUCGUACUCAUCUCACUCAAACAACAGUUCCUCGGCAUCGUCUCUUGGAUCGAUUGCCGCGUUGCUUGAGGAGGAAGAACGUCAGUUGAAAGAGCUCCAACAACAACAGCGUCAUAGCAGCCAACACCAGCAGCAGCAAAGGGGCAACAGCAACGUUAACAACAAGAUGCUGGACGUCCCCUCUGGUUACCAUUUGGGAGGCACACAGUCAUCACAGAGCCACCAUGUCGGGAUCAGGACCAUGCUCGGUCGAUUCUCUAACCCGAGCCGUGACACCACCCCAACCACAGCCAUCAAAAACAACAACAUCAGCCAAAACUAUAACAGCAACAAUGGUUUAUUGGAAUCAUCAUAUCAGGAGAAGCGAGAGUCUCUGCAGCACCUCCCUAUCCCAACAGCCAACAAAUCGUCGUCAGCCUACGGUGCAUCGUCCCGAUACCCGCUCCAAGCCCUCAACGAGAGUCAACAGCAGCAGAACCAGCAGCAACAGCACCAUGUCCCUGUUGGCGACCAUUUCCGAUCGACAUAUGGUGGCGGGAUCCCAAGAAAGUCCAGCAACUCGAAGAUGAACUUGUCUCCCGGCGGACUUGGAGGCGGUGUUGGUGGGUAUCUCAACGACCACCACGACCGGAACAACAUGGUCAACACCAGCAACAGCAACAGCAGCAACACACACCAGUACCCAACAGGACGCCGUCGUUCCGGGAGCGUUGUUGUGGGAGGUAUGGAUGAGUCGUCCUUGAGGCCUUCGUCAGCAGCAGCAUCGGCGGCUGCCGCCUCUGCAAUCAAGAGUGGCGGGAAGGUGAUUCGACGCAGUAUUGGCGCCACCUUGGAAAAGGACGGAUGGGAUUAG